AUGGAGGUUGCCCACCGGAACCGGGAGCCCUUCUGCGUCAUGUCCGGCCGGAAGCGCCCGCUGGAGACCCUUCGCCAGCGGUUCCAAGCAGAGCUCGUCGCGGCCCGUCGCCUCCUCGCCGAGGCGGCCGCCGUGCUUCCAGCCUCGGCCCCGUCAGCUCCCCGCGUGCGCGUCAAGGACAGUCGUCCAGCCGAGGAGCCGCCAGCCAAGAAGAGGAAGGCGUCCCAUGCCGUUCCCGUGAGGAAGAUGACGUCCGAGGAGCGGAGCCAACUCUACGCGGACCUCACCAAGCUAGCCAAGCUCUCUGAAUCUCAUGUGCUCCCUGCUCAUAUCCUGGAGCUGUUGAAGAAGCAGAGCCGCCGCGGCAUCUGCGACGAUUACAUCGAGAUCGAGAUGAACGCCGUCCAAGACGAGGCCCUUGUGGAGAUGCAGAAGCAGCUGGACAAGUUCGUUCGAGAGAGGGCGAAUCCGUCCACGCAUCAGCACAAGAACAUGAUGGCCGAGGAGGAGGACGAAGACGUUGACAUCGUCGGCGGCGUCUCCCCUUUGCCGAUCAGGCCGACACCAGUGCAGCUUGUAGACAUCUGCAGCGAGGCCUCACCUCUGAAGAAUCUUGGCGAAGAUGCAACCAUCAGCGGCAGCAACGGUUUGGUUUCUGGUUCUUCUCACCAGAGCAUCGACAGUCCAGCUCCGGCAGAGCUUGCUGCCAACACUAGGCCUCCAACACGCGACCUCAUCGCCCGUGCCAGCGAGAUUCUGGAAAGGCGGCGAAAGGAGGCGACGUCCCGGGCGAGGGAGAAGGCCCGUCAGCAAGUGCUCGAGAUGGAGAGGACGGCAAUGUUCAACGAGAGCCUAGACGAGGACGUGAAGGUGCUCGGCAUCGAUCAGUACAACACGGCGAGGUCGAACAACUUGUUGCGACAGAUGGGACUCUUCCUGAAGGACAAGGCUGACGACGACGACGACCUGAAGCAGCAGCAGCAGCCGCAGCGUCAAAGCUUCCAAGAAGAUUUAGAGGAAGGGGAGAUUCGGCUGUGA